AUGACACAUUUCUACUCUAAAAAACAACAGAUUCGAAAACUGGGCAAACAGGACGUAGCGUACCACGUUUUAGCUAAGAAUGGAGGGAAGCAGUGCGGGAUCAGAGCUGGUUAUAUACCCGGGAUCAGUGGUAUGGCAUUCAUUAAUAAGACAAAUUGUCUUAACGACGUAUUACUCGAUAAUUCGCGUUUGUCGACUGCCCUCGAGUGUGCCCGUACCUGCCGUGCCGGACAGAAACCGAGGACCUGUUAUUACAAAUUUGUGAUCGAACGUUAUCCUGUUAACGGCCAGGCAUGUAAUCUUUGCACUCCCAACAUCACCAACACUAUCUGCGCCAAUUGUCAAUGCGUGCCUGGUGACGGUGUGGAACGAAUGGCGUUAACAGUGAACAGAAUGAUACCGGGACCAAGUAUACAAGUCUGUCUGGGCGAUUACAUUGUGAUCGAUGUUCUAAAUAUGGUAAAAGAAGACGCGAUGACGAUCCACUGGCAUGGAGUGUACCAAAAGGGAUCGCAAUAUUACGACGGUGUUCCGAACUUAACGCAGUGUCCAAUAGUCUUUAAAAAUACCUUCAGGUAUCAGUUUUACGGGAAUAAUGGCGGCACGCAUUUCUGGCACGCGCACACAGGACUGCAAAAGACGGAUGGCAUUUUCGGUAGUCUUGUCAUACGCGAGCCAUCGAAGGACGAACCGAACGCCCACCUGUAUAAUUUCGAUCUAGCGAAUCACCUGAUUGUGAUAAACGACUGGAUGGUUGAACUGGCUUCAUCUCGAUUUCCUGGUCGCCGAAUUUCUGGUGUAAUCGGUCAGAGUCCCGAUUCACUUUUGAUCAAUGGAAAGGGAAGGUACACAGAUUCUAAUGGCACUACGACGGAUACACCAUUGGAGGUGAUCACCGUGGACGCUAAACAACGCUAUCGGUUCCGUUUAGUGAACACUUUCAGCACCACCUGCGCCGGAGAGUUUUCAAUCGAGGGUCACAAUCUCACUGUUAUCGCAACGGACGGCCAGCCGAUCAAACCUGUCGUAGUAGAAUCAAUCAUUUCGUUUUCCGGAGAACGAUACGACUUCGUCGUAAAUACCAAUCAAAAGCCUGGUGCCUAUUGGAUACAGCUCAGGGGGAUGUUGGAGUGUGCAACUGAGAAAAUGCAACAAUUGGCAAUAUUGCAAUACACAAAUACGUCGUCUACACCAACAACGCCAAAGCCACAGUACGAUAUUGCACUCCCCCGAAGUGUUGUUCUCAAUCCAGUGAUUGCAAAUUGCACUGUACAGCGUCCAGAUGCAGUAUGCAUCAGUGACUUGAGGAACGCGAGAGAAGUGCAUAAGGAUAUUUUAAAAUCCAAACCAGAUAUGAAACUGUUUAUGUCGAUAGGUUUUGUCCUGUACGCGCAGGAAGAUAUUUUCAAGCCUAACACGUACAAAACGUUUUUAGUUCCCACCUCGGACCUGUCGGUUGUUGACACGAUUGGGAAUAUAAGUUUCGAAUUUCCGCCCGUGCCACCGAUUUCGCAGCUGAAGGAUCUGCCUAAAGAUCAAUUCUGCGACGCCGAGAAUUUACCACAAAAUUGUAACGCGUCAUUUUGCAUGUGUACGCAUUUGGUUAAGAUUCCGUUAAACGCCGUUGUCGAAGUUUUACUUGUCGACGAGUUUCGGGUACCGAACGUAGAUCAUCCAUUUCAUUUGCAUGGAUAUUCGUUCAACGUGAUAAGCAUGGGGCAACCUUUUGGUCCGCUCAUAAACGCGACUGGUUUAAUGACCGUUGAUGCUCUGAAAGAAAUGGACAGGAACAACCAGAUAAAGAGAAACUUUGAUUCUCCUGUUGGCAAGGAUACUGUUCAAGUGCCGAAUAAUGGAUACGUGAUAUUUAGAUUCCGUGCGAGUAAUCCAGGUUACUGGCUAUUCCACUGUCACGUGGCUUACCAUCAGCUGGUUGGUAUGAAUAUGAUCUUCAAGGUAGGAAAGGACAAGGAUUUACCGAAGGUUCCAAAGAAUUUCCCGACGUGUGGCGAUUUCAUGCCAAAGAUUCGUGUCAAGAACAAGAACAGUCACUGCCGUUCGAAAAAGAAGCAAACGUAUUUUUAACAGUAUCGUUGGCACCGUUUUGUGGUAUUAAAAAAUACUUCACUUCCCUAUAAGGCUUUCGCUACCACACCAAAAGUAAUAAUGCGAUAGCGAAAACAUCUUGUGUGAUGUAUACAUCUAAGUUUCACGGAGACGAUGUUUCGACUGAAUCGUAAAUUAUUCAAAUGAACAUAUAACUUUGUUACUUGAAGUGUUUCUUAAAAUAAAACAUACUUUGCGGAUCGACAAUUCGUUUGUUAAAGUCGCAACGUUGUAGAUAGCUGGGAGAUGUCGAGAACGCCUUAAAAAUGGAAUUCUACUGUAACAUAAUAAUACAUAUAUUUAAUUUAUAAAUA